AUGAGACAAAUUUUAUGGAGGGAUUUAGUUCAGAUUGGUUCCUCAAUUCAAGGGCCCUGGUUUAUUAGUGGUGAUUUCAAUAAUGUUCUUUCUUCUAAGGACAGACUUAGGUCCCCAAUUACUCUCUCUGAGACACAGGAAUUUCGGGAUUGCAUUGAUGCAUUGCAAUUAACCCCACUGAAAUCAACCGGAUGGCAUUUCACCUUUUGUAAUAAGCAGCAGGACAAUAGUAGAGUAUAUUCAAAAAUUGACUGGGUUUUUGGAAAUCUUCAAUGGCUCCAAUCAUAUGGGCAUGUGGAGGCUGAAUUCCUGAACCCGGGUGUGUCUGACCACUCUCCCAUUCUUAUCCAGUUUAGACCCCAAGUUAAUAUUCAUCCUAAACCUUUCAAACUGUUUUCCACUGUCAUGAACCACCCUGAUUUUGCAACUAUCUUAUCUAAUGUGUGGGCCCAAGAUCAUGAUGUUGAUCAGCUGUUGGUAGAGCAAGAGAAAAGUUUGCUUGCAGAAAUUUCAAAAUGGAGCAAUGUAGAGGAACAAGCACUGAGGCAAAAGUCCAGAGCCAACUGGAUUACGUGUGGGGAUGCAAAUACAGGGUACUUUCAUGCUCAGUGUAAGAUUAGAGCAAGUAGAAAUGCCAUUACUUCCAUCUGUGAUGCAAAUGGCAACAAGCUUAUCGAUCCGGUAAAGAUAAAGGUGAAUUCCUCUCAUUCUUCACAAACUUAA